AUGGGGGCAACCCAACCGCAACCGCAGCCGCAGAAGGCGGCCAGCAGCAUCGCGAUUGGCGACGAGCCCGUCGUGCUGCAGGACCGCCUCGCCACGCCAGGACCGCCCGCCACGACGACGACGCCAGACGCGUCGCCGGCGUGGAACACGAACCGACUCGGGCUGCGGCUCGGCAGCGAUGCGCUGGCGGCGGGCGCGGCGGGCGUGCUCGUUGCGCCCGUCAUCACGAUGAUCGACAAGGGCAUCAUGGAGAACGCGAGCGGGCGGAAUGCGCUGGGCGACAGCCUGAAGAAGAGCGCGCGGGAGCUGGUGGCGAGACCACAUCGGUUCCUUGCAGCAAAGCCGUUUGUGCUUAUCUUUAGUCUCUACUUCGGCACCUACCUAACCGCAAACACAAUCGACACGCUCGCCUCCUCGCGCGCUCACACCCCCCUAGCCUCCACCACAGCCGGCACGACCAAGUUCCUCGCCACCAGCACCUCGAACCUCGCCCUCUGCCUGUACAAAGACAACCAAUUCACUCAGCUCUUCGGCAGCACCACCGGCCCCAAGCGGCCCGUUCCACUACCCACCUUCGCCCUCUUCACCGUCCGCGACUGCCUGACCAUCUUCGCCUCGUUCAACCUCCCCCCGCUGCUAGCGCCGCGCCUAGAAUCCCACAUGAGCGACGAACUCAGGAAGUACGUGGGCGCCGCCAGCAUCGCGCAGUUUGCCACCCCCGCGGCCAUCCAGCUCGUGUCCACGCCGCUGCACUUACUCGGCCUGGAUCUGUACAAUCGCCCGCAUGCGCGCAUGCGCGGGCCCGACGGGCGGGUCCACCAGGUGGUGAAGAACUGGGCCAAGAGCGCACUGGCGCGCAUCGGGCGCAUUGUCCCCGCGUUUGGGGUGGGCGGGGUGGUCAACAUGAAGGUUCGGCAGGCGUUGAUGGGGAGGUUGGACGGGUGCUGA